AGACGGUCAUUACAAUAUGCUGGUGCCUAAGCAAACUGCAGAAACACUGUACAGAGAUCACAUCCCAUUAAACUAAUGUUUUGAUUACAUUGUGAGGAGAUACAGAAUUAUUUGGUUUCUCAAUAGCUAUGGAAUACUGUACCCCCACUCCUGAGGAAUAUUGGGGGACCCAGUUUUUAAUACAAUUGAACACAUACCUCACAGGACAGUCUAUAAAAAAACUAACAAACAAACAAACCAAAAAAAAACAUAUGACUCUCGACUUCAACGCAGACUUUCUAGAAGUAACGCGAACGCAGACAAAGAUGUAUUUGCAGUCUACAUCGAGGGAUAAAGAGAGCUUUAACCAAACAGAAAAGUAAAAGACACUUUUAAAAAAGACACGCUGCCCAGUGUUUGUUAUGUUUUACUUGGUCUGACUUCUAUUAAUUGCUUAUUAAAUAUUAUCAAAGUCUUUCUGGACAGUGAUACCUCAUUAAUUAGUUUACAUUUCAGAAACAGAAUUUCACGUCAAAAACAAUAUAUCGAAUUGCUAAAAAUAAAUAUAAUGUGACGCUUUCGUGCCUCAAACUAAGUAAAACAAUAAGCUUGAGUAUAUCUAAUAAUUAAUAGUGUGGCGCGUAUACACAGAUAUAUUUGACAUUCCAAUUCAGCCGUCUUUUGGGGGAAAAAAAAAGAGAAAAAACGCAUCUGCGCAGGCGUGAAAUCACAAGGGAUACCGAAUUCCAUGGAGUACCAAAAUCCGCGUCUCGCCAGUAACCGAGAAGCCGCUAAAUCGAUAAUUGUAGUUGCUGUGAUUUAUAUUCUGUUUGGCUAAGUCAGUCUUAUCAGGUUCUGCCACCUUUCAUCCUGGAGUAAAUAAAGGCAAUGUCUAUUCAACAGCUGUCAACGGUAGACAUCAGGAACUGCAGGAAACCAGUUUUAGGAACUCCCAGGAUUCCAGAAAAAAACACUAGCACUGAUAUUGAGAAACACGUGAAAUGGAUUACGGAAUUCCAGCAAACUCGCAGCUUUUAUUCCGAGCAUGUGACGAGGGCGAUUAUGAGAGUGCCAGACGAAUCCUAGAACCAGAUGCAGCUGAAACAGGGACACCGGGAAGGCUCCGUUCUGAUGUGGUGUCCGAGUGCAACGCAGACAGCUCGGGCCCCAGGUCAGCUUCGCUUGUCCCGGUUGAUUGCACAGAUGAGGAGGGCAAUACAGCUCUUCAGUUCGCAGCUGCUAGUGGACACGAUAAACUAGUUCGGUUCUUGUUAAGGAAAGGCGCUUCGGUGGACAGCCGGAAUCACUACGGUUGGACCCCGCUUAUGCAAGCAGCAAGAUUUGGCCAUCUGAAUGUUGCUCACAUGUUGUUGGAAAAUGGUGCUGAAAUAAAUGCCAGAAACAGAAUCGGGGCCAGCGUCCUUACAAUGGCAUCAAGGGGUGGUCACGUCAGUGUUGUGAAACUGUUAAUGGAGAGUGGAGCCUUUGUCGACGACUACGAUCAUUUGGAUGUUAACAUGGGGAAUAACAACAAUAACAAAGGGGAAUUCCCAGACAUCACUGCCCUGAUGAUUGGAGCACAGCACGGGCAUGAAGCCAUCGUGAGGUUGUUACUGGAGUGGGGUGCGGAUCCAAAUUACAGCAUCAAAACAACCGGAUGGAGCCCACUUAUGCUGGUAACACUCAAUGGGAAAGUAAGUGUGGCACAGCAGCUAGUGGAACGAGGAGCAGACCCAGACCACAAAAAUGUGUUGGCUAAAACCUCAUUUGAGAUUGCACUGAACUACAAACAAAAGGAGAUGAAGAAUUACCUGGAUGCCAUAACCACUAUCCGCCCACAGUCAGGAGAAGAGAAGAGGAGGCCAGAUGUCUUUCAUGCUCUGAAACUUGGAAAGUACCAGUUAGUUAAGGAGAUAUUAGAUGAAGAUCCUGGCCAGGUGAACAUUGCUAAUCCUGAUGGCGCCUCUCCCCUGAUGAUCGCUGCAGUGAAUGGGCAACUAGAUGUUGUUCAAUUGCUUGUGGAGAGAAAUGCUGACAUUGACAAGCAGGACAGUGUUCACGGUUGGACAGCACUGAUGCAAGCUACAUAUCACGGGAAUAAAGAUGUUGUUAAGUAUUUGUUAAAUCAAGGAGCUGAUGUCAAUCUUCGGGCCAAAAAUGGAUAUACUGCAUUUGAUCUAGUUAUGCUGCUUAAUGAUCCAGAUACAGAACUUGUGAGGUUGCUGGCCUCUGUGUGCAUGCAAGUAGACAAAGACAAGGGCAAAAAGAAUUCCAAGUCAUCACUACCACGCUCAAAAAGCAGGCUGUCUUUAAACAUCCCUGUGCCUCCGGAUGAUAAAGGGGGGCUAAAGUCCUGGUGGAACAGAAUGUCCAAUAGGUUCCGAAAGCUGAAGCUGACUAGGACACUGAGGCACGGCUUCUCCACUAGUCGUCUGGCACCGUUUCCAGAUGAUACUGAUGUGUCCUUGGAUUCUACAAUGAAGGCUGACCAGAAGAACAGUGGGAACAAUGGACCGAUAGUGCUGCCUCCAAUCUUAGGAACUGCUGACAUGACCACAGCCUGGGCAGUGAAAAGCAAAGAUAGCGGACUUGGCGGUACUAGCACAGAGAAGGAUGAUACCCUGAUAACAACUAUGCUCAGAAAUGGUGCUCCCUCCACCCGACUCCCCAACGACCAGCUGAAAGCUGUGAUUCCUCCAUUCCUUCCUCUCUCAAACUUUGAGCUGUGGGACUGUGACAGGUCGCGGAUCAACAAAGAAGGCAAGAGCGAACAGACAAGACUCUCCAUGCCACAGAGACCUGGUAACAGCAGCGGAAACUCUGACAUAACGUCUGUCAGCCGUGUUGUGGCCAGGCCAGUUAAGUUUCCGAGUAUUGUCAGAAGCCCAUCCUCUCCUUCAAACUCUGGCAAUUUCAACUACUCCCCUCACUCUUCAGGAGGUUCCAAUGGUAUAGCUGGCAUUAACAGGCAAGGAGGUGAUCCACAUAAUCGAUCAGGUGGCAGUGCUGACAGUGUCCUGUCCCAGAUUGCAGCCCAAAGAAAGAAGGCAGCUGGUUUGUCAGAACAGAAAACUCCCACCUUGGACAGCCAGACACCCACAGUUCCAGAUGUCACCUUGCCCAGCGUGCAUGGUACCCACAGCUUAGUGGGCAGUAGCUGUCAUAGUGAAAAGAAAUCAAACACCAGAAAGAGGCCUCAGUCUGGGACCUCCUCCACGUCCAAGAGCACCUCUCCCACGCUGACCCCUUCGGCCUCCCCCACUCCCAAAGGCCCCCAGGCAGAUUCCUCCUUAUCAUCCUCCUCCAAUCGACGCUCCAAGAGCAGUGGUGGCUCAAGCAGUGGCACCAUCACCGACGAAGAUGAACUCUCUGGGAUCUUAAAGAAGCUUUCUCUAGAGAAAUACCAGCCAAUAUUUGAAGAGCAAGAGGUGGACAUGGAAGCGUUCCUCACACUCAGUGAUGGGGAUUUGAAGGAGCUGGGCAUAAAAACAGAUGGGCCUAGACAACAGAUCUUAGCAGCCAUCUCAGAGUUAAAUGCUGGAAAGGGCAGAGAAAGGCAGAUUUUACAAGAAACUAUUCACAACUUCCAUUCUUCCUUUGGGAGCAGUGCCAGCAACCCUCGACCACCUGGUUAUCCUCGUUCACCAGCAGGCUGGGUUAGACAACAAGUUCGGACGUCCAGCAAGAGGUAACACCCAAUAGGAUUGAGCCCCCGGGGGGGGAGUUGUGAAAUAAGAGUUAUGGGUAAUUAAGCCCAGGUGAAAGGAAGACUGCUCUCAAGCUCUUCUCAACACCAGUGUUUCAGUGCAUGAGAUUGCAGGAAGACACUGAAGAAAGCCUCCAAUGUGACUGCAUGCCCAGACAAGAUUAAGGACCUGGACAUAUCCAUCUGUAUUGGAGACAAAUAACAGCUACAGGUGGUGCAGGAUUGUUACAAGUUCUUCCAAAAAUUACAGAGUGCUAAGGAAUGUUCUGCAUCACAAUAAUAAUAAAUAAGAUGACAAAUUAAGAAGAGGUGUUAGUAAGGAAUUCUGGAAAACCUGGAUUUGGUCUUUUAGGGUUCUUUUGAAGAAACCAAAAGUGAUACAAGAUAUAAAUGAUCCUUAGCGGCUAAGUGAAAAUGGCAGAAGACAGCCUUUGAAACACACCCAGGCAGAACAGCAUCAGGAAUGAUGUGAUGUAAUAUGAGCAUCAAAAUAAUGAUCUACAAUCACAAGUAUACAUAUAGCUGUGUUAUAAGAGACACUGUUCUGUAACUGUUUUCUGAUGGGCUCCUCUUUCGUUUUGCUGACUUCUUUGUUGUAGCUGACCCAUAUUCAUGGCCUGUGUUGAUUGGAUGACAUGCAGGAUGAUAUUAAGUGGCGAUCUAGAAUUGUUUCCAUGAUCAUCCUGGUUUAUGUCACAAUUAUUUUCCUGUUGUUCAGCCCUUCCUUUUGUUCGAUAGCUGCAAAUGACUGAAAAAGGUCUAAUAAAAAAGAUUGCCAGGACUUUUAUACAAAAAACUCAGCGAAUGAGAAUCAGGAGAGUAAGUACAAUUCCUUUGGAGCAUUUUUUUUAUAUCUAUUAUUGGGGGGGGGGGGUAAGAAAAGUAUCAGUUUUGUCUUUAAUUAAUGAGAAUUAUCAUUUCUUUUAAAUUUGCCUUUCAUCUUAAUUUUGCAAAAACUUGCAUAUGCCAAGAUACCAGAUUGUAAUCACUUUUGUUUUACUUGUGGCUUUUGUAAGAAGGUAAAAAAGCACCCUAAUGAUUGGAAUAAUAUACUAAUGGAUAAGGUUUUACUUGACAUUUUCUUUUAAUCAAAUCACAUUUUUUUCUGUGUGUCCUAAAUUAAUUGGGUUUGUAGUAUUAACCAGUACAUAACAUUUCAUUACAAAAUACCUAGACAAAAACUGCUGUUUCAAGUCCUUCAUAAUUUUUUAAGUGAUAAAAGGUGUUUAUGGAAAAUGCUAAUUUUUGUUACUGAAUGUGUAAUUAAUUAAAUCCAUAAUCA